CUCCGGCUUCCCGUGCUGCGGUUCCGGUCCCUCCGACCAGUUUUGCCGUGGAGGAGAGCAGUCUGAGACGUCCCGGACCUGAAGGCGGCGGCCGCCUUCCCGGAGCACCGUACCCCCGCCUGCCGAGGAGCCUCCAGUGGUGGAGCCGCCGCGGCCUCGGGCCGGCUCGCCGCGGGCACGUCUGACUGUGUGGACGGGAGUCGCCGCGCCGGGGCUCGGCCGUGCCGUGAGGGAAGAUGAAGACUUUUUCAUGGAGGGUUUGCCAUGCACUCGUGUUACUUCUGCUUGCUCCCACCGUGGCGGCGGAGAGCCUCUCACUGGACAGCUGGUACGAUGUCUGGCUCUUCCGAUUCUUCGUCAACAUUCUGGGAUACUCCACCAUCAUCAUCCCCGGCUACCUCCUCAUCUCUUACUUCAAACGUACCAAUUACCUAGAAACAGGUAGCGGGAUCUGCUAUCCGCUCAUAAAGACCUGCGUGUUUGGCAACGAGGCCAAGACCAGUCAGCUGGACGAAGCGUCUGUUACAACCAGGCUCGACGGGGAGUCGGGCUCAUCGGUUAAACAAGCCGUCAAGCUAAUCAUCUGCACUGCCGGACUGCAGGCGUCGUACCUGACGUGGGGGGUCCUGCAGGAGCGGGUGAUGACCCGUUCGUACGGCGCCAAAUCCCCAGACGAGCAGGGAGAGCGAUUCAAGGACUCGCAGUUCUUGGUCUUCAUGAACCGCAUCCUGGCCCUGACCGUGUCGGGCCUGUGGUGCGUCAUGUUCAAGCAGCUCCGCCACGGCGUGCCCAUGUACAAAUACUCCUUCGCCUCGCUCUCCAACAUCAUGAGCAGCUGGUGCCAGUACGAGGCGCUCAAGUACAUCAGCUUCCCCACCCAGGUGCUGGCCAAGGCCUCCAAGGUCAUCCCCGUCAUGCUCAUGGGGAAGAUCGUGUCCCGGAAGAGCUACGAGUACUGGGAGUACCUCACCGCCGCGCUCAUCUCGGUGGGCGUCAGCAUGUUCCUCCUCACCAGCACCGCCAACAAGCACCCGUCCACCGUCACCACCUUCAGCGGCGUGGUCAUCCUCGUGGGCUACAUCGUCUUCGACAGCUUCACCUCCAACUGGCAGGACAACCUCUUCAAGUACAAGAUGUCGUCGGUGCAGAUGAUGUUCGGGGUCAACCUGUUCUCCUGCCUGUUCACCGUGGGCUCGCUGCUGGAGCAGGGCGCCUUCUUCGACUCGCUGGCGUUCAUGACGCGCCACUCCGAGUUCGCCUUCCACGCCGUGCUGCUGUCGGUGUGCUCGGCGUUCGGCCAGCUCUUCAUCUUCUACACCAUCAACCAGUUCGGCGCCGCCGUCUUCACCAUCAUCAUGACGCUGCGGCAGGCCAUCGCCAUCCUCCUGUCGUGUUUCCUCUACGGCCACGCCAUCAGCGUGGUGGGCGGCUUCGGCGUCGCCGUGGUUUUCCUGGCACUUUUCUUACGGGUGUACGCGCGCAGCCGCGUCAAGUCGGGCCGGCGGGCGGGGCAGCCGGCGGUGCAGAAGGUGUAACUGGGUGAAGUUCCACCAAACUGGGAAAUAAGGCCACGUUUUCUGUGGUGCUAUUUGGUCUUUUCAUGUGUUCUAUGUUUAUUUCAUUGUUUUUUUUUUGUUUGUCUUUUUUUUUUUUUAAUGCUUGAAAUGGUUCAGAAAGGAAUUCUGCAGUUUUGACUCUUUACAUGAAGAAGAAGCCCCCCCGAGGGUUCCAUGUGAUCCGUGUGUCCACGGAUCGUUUGAGUGCCUGAAUGAUUGUCUGAUACACAAAACUCCCAAACGGCUAACGGCCUGCUGGGGAAAUGUUUGGGAUCUGUACGGCGAAACAUUAUCGACCAUAUCUUUUAUUUAAUGUCUGGUUUUAUUUCAGUCGCAGUGUUUUUAUUUCACAGCCCUCUGGCUCCAUGUGGGAUUUUUAACCUUCAAACCGGAGCUGCUCGGCCUCGAGGGCCGACCUCCUGCACGUUUUAGGUCUUUCCGCUCCAGCAGGAGCCCGGAGUCGAGUGGACCUGCUUUAAACCAUGACUGUAGUUUUUACACAUGAGGCAAACAUGACUUUAAAAUGCAUAAAUAUGACAUGGGAGAUAAAACCAUCAGACAGUGAACGAUAUAGGGGAUUUAUAAAGGAAGAAUCAGAUGUUGCUGACGGUUUGCAUUAUUUUAAGCUAUCGUUUGACUAAAUUGGAGCUGAAAACACACUCGUGUGUUGGUGUGUGUGUGUUUUUUCAGCCAACACGUCCAGUACAUAGUAUGUUACAUGAAUGUUUGGAAGGCGUUGUGCGGAUCGGCACGGCCCGGAGGGGCGGGCUGCGGAACAUGAAUACAUUAAAGGGAAAUGCAAUGUUAUCGGUACGUUUGUUUUUACCUUGUUUUCUCUGUUUACUGAAUUAAUAAUAAAACCGAACACGAUCAAG